GUUUUGUUUAUUAUUCGAGCAUUUUUACAUUCAUAGACUUGAAAAAAGUUUAUUAUUAAUUGUAUUGAAUAUAGGGAAUUAAAAACAUUAAAAAUAUGGUACAGGCGACAGAUGACGACUAUGGCGUUCAAAAGCCGGACCUUCCACAAGCCCUGCGUUUGAUUGAUGAAAUGAACGACAACGUAAAACAGGUUUCGGAUGUUGUUGGAAACAUGUUGCAACGAGUAAAAUCAGGAGAGAUGUCAACCGAGAGUGGUUUGAGUUUCCUUGAAGUCAAAUAUCACAUGCUUCUCAAUUAUCUUAUAAAUUUAACUUAUGUUGUACUGAGGAAAUGUUCAGGACAAAGAAUAGAAAAAGAUCCAGCGAUUGAUCGACUUAUUGAGAUUCGAACAGUUCUCGAGAAGAUUCGACCAAUAGACUAUAAAUUACGUUAUCAAAUUGAUAAACUUGUUAAGACAGCUGUGACUGGAACAACAAAUCCUUCCGAUCCAUUAAACUUCAAAGCAAAUCCUAAAAACUUCUUAUCAGGUCCCAGCAACGAAACUGACGAUGAAACAGAGAGCGAUGAAUCAGAGGAUGAGAAAAUAACUCAGAAAAUAAAAAAGAAGUCAAAGUUGGAUUUGACAGAGAACGAAGAGAUUCCAAAAUAUGUUCCACCAAAGCUUACAUCAAUGCCUUACGAUGCAGACGAAACAGCAGCUGAAAAGGAAGAGAAAUUACGAGAACGAGCGAGAAAACGCGCGAUUAGUUCAGCAAUGAUUGACGAGUGGAAGGAAGAAUUCCUCGAUACACCAGUAGAAAUUACUGGCAGUUCAAGAGCACAACAAAUGGUAUCAAAGGCAAUGAGAGAACGAGAACGUUAUGAAGAAGAAAACUUCACAAGAUUGCCGAUGUCAAAAGCAGAGAAACAUCGCCAGAAACGAUUAAGUACGAUGGGAGUACUUGGCGAUGAACUGACAAGCUUUAGUGGCGUGAGCUCUUCUGGCAAGAAACGAAAAGUCAACAACAAGUCAAAGGGUGGUAAAAAGCGAAAAUACCGCUAAUUAUUAAUUAAAAAGGUGAAAGACUUUGUUUUCUUCUUUCUCAACGAUGCGAAUGAAGAGAAAACCUUUGAAAAAAUUGUUUUACUUUAUCUUUGAUGAUUCUGUUUUUUUAUGAUCUUUUGUUGCCUCCAAUUAUCCUUUUUUAUCUCUCAAAAUAUUAAAAGAAUAAAAAUAAAAAACAUUUUUAGUUGAUUUAACACAUUAAAGGUUUUCAUUGCUGCAACGACAUGGAAAAUUCUUGGAAAUGUUUUUCUCGAAGCUCUUUAAGAAUAAUUAAAACACGAGAAUGGGAAAAUGAUCUUAUGAACGCAAAUAUUUGAAAUAAAUAAAAUUAAAUUAAAAAGAAAUCACAAA